AAGUCCUUCAUUGUAAUGUCUAAAAAUUGAAUUCAAUUGAAUGAAUGAAAACGUUGGCAUACUCUCUUUUUCCCCUUUGAGUAGCCUGCUGAGUGUGGUGUUGCAAGACCGAGAGGUUAGUAGCUUAUCUGGACGUCUGUAAAAUUGAAAUAAUUCCGUAGUAGUGAGGACUAAAUUAGGGUUGAAUGUGGUCAUGCAGUAGAUGCAUUUUAAUUCAAAUACUUCACUAACAACGAAUUGAUUUGGAUAAGUGCACUUUUUACGCAGAUGAAGGCAAACAGUGUUUUAAUCACCCAAGGAUUGAAUUUCAGCUUUGAACUCGAAGUCAUAUCUAUGCAGCGGUAGCACAAUACAUUUUAUCUCGCGGGUUAUUAAGUUCAUAUAACUUAGGGUGUUGUUGUUUGUGAGGUAUUGACAUUACAAAUAUAGGCGUGAUGUCGGUAAUGUUCCUCAACGCGGGCAGCCCCCCAGUCGCAUAAUACCUUAGGACUUGUGUAACAGGAUAGGGAACAUUUUAUAGGCUUUUAAAAACCUCCCGUCACUUACAGGAGCCGGUUUUACUUAUUGCUUCGGGGACUGCAAUCAUGUCAGUCUUUUCUUAUGAGAGUUCCGAGAUUGACUGGUGUGAAGAAAACUACAAGCACUCUGAAACUGUGGCUGAGUAUUUCAACACUAUUAGCAACGCGGCCUUCUUCAUUAUCGCUCCUGUCAUGACGUACCUGCACCAUCCCUAUGCCAGUGAAAGAAACUUGGCUGUGCAUUUGGUCUGGCUUAUGAUGAUGUUUGUGGGACUCUUCUCCUUGUACUUCCACAUGACGCUGAGCUUCUUAGGACAGAUGCUGGAUGAACUCUCCAUUCUGUGGGUGCUGGCCAUUGGCUACUGUCUCUGGUUUCCACGGUCACACUUCCCCUCUUUCAUUAAGGACAGGUCCACCUUCUCCAAGACGGUCACGGUGGUCACUGUCAUCACCACCCUGUCUGCCUUCAUAAAGCCCGCUGCCAACGCCUACGUGCUCAACUGUUUUGUCAUCCACAUCCUCUAUUCCCUUGGUUUAGAGCUGCGCAGCUGCUCAAACCAGAAGGCGCUGCGUCUGGCUCGCUCUGCCGUCGGCCUGUGGAUGCUAGCCGUCUCCUGCUGGAUCAGUGAUCGCUUCAGCUGCGACUUCUGGAAGAGCCUCAACUUCUGCUACCUUCAUGGGUUCUGGCACAUUCUGAUUGUGAUGGCCACAGCCUACGCCGUUGCCCUGUUGUCCUACCUGGACGCCCAGAAUGAGAUCCCCUACGCCCUGCCUGAACUGCGGUACUGGCCCUGUGACAGCUGGGCCCUUGGACUGCCCUAUGUCUUCCUCAGGGGAGUCAGAAUGGUGCGAAAGACCUGCUAAGCCUUCAUAGAGGUGGACAUUCCGUCAAUGCAUCUGUACAGAGACUGUUAUUUAAAUAUUUAGAUAAUUGAGUUACAAUCAUAGAGCAUUGUGCAUAUAUUUUGCAUUUGCCUAUUAAAGAGUAUUU